CUUCUUCCUUUUGAUCGCCAUUUUUUCUUCAGCAAGAUGCCGAAGAACGUGUGUAGUAAAACCUACACAACUCCAAGGCGUCCCUUCGAGAAAGAGCGUCUGAAUCAAGAAUUAAAAAUUAUUGGAGACUAUGGGCUUCGUAACAAACGUGAGGUAUGGCGUGUGAAGUUCACUUUGGCGAAGAUCCGAAAGGCUGCGCGAGAACUUCUUACAUUGGAGGAGAAAGAUCAGAGAAGGUUGUUCGAAGGUAAUGCUCUUUUGCGUCGUCUCGUACGAAUUGGCGUGCUCGAUGAGACCCGAAUGAAGCUCGAUUACGUGUUGGGUCUGCGAAUCGAAGAUUUCUUGGAGAGGCGUCUUCAAACUCAAGUAUUUAAGCUUGGUUUGGCGAAGAGUAUUCAUCACGCUCGUGUGUUGAUCCGACAGAGACACAUACGUGUGCGCAAACAGCUUGUCAAUGUCCCAUCAUACAUUGUGCGUCUGGACUCUCAAAAGCACAUUGAUUUCUCACUGAAUUCACCAUAUGGUGGAGGGCGCCCAGGCCGUGUGAAGAGAAGGAACAUGAGGAAAGGGCAAGGUGGUGGCUCUGAUGCUGAGGAAGAGGAUGAAGAUUAGACAGAAGACCAAAUGAACCUCCUCUUAAAAAUGUAAUAGUGCUGCUAAAUAAAACAGCUUAUUCUGUGAA